UUGACAAAUAAAGACGUGGCGAACCUUGUACCCUUAGGCCCAUUUACCUACUUAUCAAAUAACUGGUAAUUCCGCAUGUAGCGUCGACAACAGCGCUACAUAGAAAAGUCGUUCCUGUACGUAAAAGUCGUUCGUAUACGUCGUAUAGAACUAUUGCAAAAGGUAUCGUCAAGUACGGAAAAGUUCAAGAUGGCGGAGACGACGGCAAGUUUCAUGGACGAUGAUGACUUCUCACAUGCCGUCAAGGGCGUCAGAUAUCCACCUGACGUCACCGAGGACAAUCUGGAGGCUAUGGCGAACUUUGAACUACGGGAUGACGACAUAGUCAUAGUGGCGUUCCCCAAAGCAGGAACUAACUGGAUGCUUGAGAUCGUGAACAAGAUCCUGUCGGCCUGUGGAAAGACCGACACCUCGUCUGACGACAUGGUGGGAAAACUGGAGUUCAGCUACCCUCACGAGCCACGCCCUCGUCACGUGAUGUUGCAGACGUGUGCCUCUCCCCGCGUCAUCCUGACCCACCUGACCCCACACACCGCCCCGCCGGGCAUCUCACAGCCGAAGGAUAACGUUAAGGUGAUCGUUGUUAUGCGGAACCCUAAGGACACAGCGGUGUCCUACUUCCACUUCGAGCAGAAGCUCCGGGCUAGUUUUGAACGGAAACCGCUUCCCUCAUGGGACGAGUUCUUCCAGUUAUUCCUGGCCGGCAAGCAUACGUACGGUUGCUACUUUGACCAUGUCCUUGGCUGGUGGCAGAGGCGUGACGACCCUCACUUCUUGUUCUUAAAGUACGAAGACAUGAAGAAGAAUUUACCGAACGCCGUCAGGUCAGUGGCGACCUUCCUAGAGGUCAAACUGGAUGACGCUUCCAUCGAGGCUAUCGCGCAUGCGUGCACCUUCUCCAACAUGAAAGCGGCCCUGGAUAAGUCACGUUACGGCGACAGGACCGUCAACGCUCGCAAAGGUCUUGUCGGCGACUGGAAGACAAUGUUUACCGACGAACAAAGCAAGUUGCUCGACUUAAAAUGCAAGACAAAACUGGAGGGAACCGGACUAAGUCUUGACUUUGAAUAGGUCCAUUUCUCAGUUAAGAGUACUAGUAUAAUAUUUGACAGUCGCGUUACAGUGUAUAUUGACGCUAACCGAACACGAUUACAUGUAGUUUUGAAGUGACAAGAACUCGUGCUACGA